AAAAUGUUUUUGCAUUUGGUUAGCGAAAUAUACUGUAUAUCGGAUCGUUUUGACGGUUGGAGCCCGGCGCGAGCGUAGCCCUUUUAAGAGCUGUUUUGAGUCUACACGUGCUUGCCUUGAAAGGAGGGAGCUGCACAAACACAGACUCGGAUCCUUUUGACCGAAAGUAACCCUGGAGCUGCGAGCGGUAGCGCUAUAAAAGCACUGAGGAGAAAAAAACGGCACUCUUUAUUGCGAGAGACACAUCGAGCAGAGUGGACAAUAACGGACGGUGACGAAGUGAAGAAAGGGUUUAUAUUUAUUCUUCACUUCGCCAAAGGACUAUCUAUUUAUGCUCAAAAAGGAAACGUUUGGAGAUUUCGUGAAAAGUUGAGUGCAGCGCAGAUCCAGGGCAGCCAUGUCUGUCUCUACUCAGCUGGGCCUGCUGCUGUGGAAGAACCUCACCUACCGGCGCAGACAAACGAUCCAGUUACUGGUUGAGAUAGUCUGGCCACUCUUCAUCUUCUUCAUCCUCAUCUCAGUCAGGCUUCACUACCCUCCGUACGAGCAGCAUGAGUGUCACUUCCCAAACAAGGCCAUGCCCUCUGCCGGCACCCUGCCCUGGGUGCAGGGCAUCAUCUGCAACGCCAACAACCCCUGCUUCCGCUACCCAACGCCCGGAGAAACCCCUGGGGUGGUGGGCAACUUCAACGACUCCAUAAUCUCCCGCCUGUUCAUCGAUGUUAAGAAGAUCCUGCUGUACAGCCAGAAUGACAGGAGCCUGGAGGGGUUCAAGGGCCUGGUCCGAGCGCUGAGGAACAUGCAGAAACACACCGCAGGUACGGCCCCGCCCACACGCCAGGCCACGCCCCCCUGUGUCACCGCCGGGUGACCUGCCAAUACAGAG